GUUUACAAAAGUCCUAUCACACACAUUCUGUGGUGCCUGUGUAGAGGAACAUGAAAUGCUCUUGUAGGACCACCAGCACUCAAAGCUCCUACAAAUCUUUGGACAUUAGCAUUACUUUUUUACUUCUGUCUGGAAAAUACUUCUAAAGCAUAGCCCCCUAAUCAUCCCAUGUAGAAGAAUGACCGGUGAGAAACUGUUACUGCCAGUGAUACUAAUGUCUGUAGUGAUGAGUUUAUUACCAAUGCAGACAUCAUAUGGACAACACUUGCCAGAGGAAUCUUGCACUGUUCAGAUCCUUGUCCCCGGACUCAAAGGAGAACCCGGAGAAAAAGGACAAAAGGGAGCACCUGGGAGACCAGGAAGAGUUGGUCCGCCAGGGGAGAUUGGUCCACCUGGGGUCAAAGGACACAAAGGCAUUAUGGGACGUUAUGGAAAAGUUGGCCCAAGUGGAAUGAAAGGAUUCAAGGGAGAUCCAGGUGACCCUGGUCCAAGAGGCCCAGACGGAGAACCAGGCGUUCCCUGUGAGUGUGCGCCAAUGAGAAGGAUGAUUGGAGAAAUGGACAUUCUUGUGGCUCAGCUUUCCUCAGAACUAAAAUUCAUUAAAACUGCACUGCCCUCCCCUGCAGCUGUUGCUGGCAUUAAGGAAACAGACAGUAAGGUCUAUCUGUUGGUGAAGGAAGCGAAGCGCUACACCGAGGCUGAGGGCUACUGCCAGACGAGGGGAGGGCACCUGGUCAUGCCGAAGGAUGAGGGAGCAAACGCAGCCAUCGCAGGGUACAUAACCGACGCUGGCCUGAGCAGAGUUUACAUUGGCAUUCAUGACCUCGAGCGCGAAGGUGUUUUCACCUACGUGGAUCACUCUCCCAUGACCACUUUCAGCAAAUGGAGAAAAGGAGAACCCAACAAUGCCUAUGAUGAUGAGGACUGUGCUGAGAUGGUGACCUCUGGGGAGUGGACUGAUGUGGCGUGCCAUCCCACAAUGUAUUUUGUUUGUGAAUUUGACAAGGACAACAUCUGAGGCCAGUAUAUGUUAACAGACUGCAGACAGGACAAAUGUAAUGGAGCAAAAACUGUAAUCUUAUCAUUUUGCUGUAUCCUCUAUCUGUAAAUAUGACGACAAAAUGAUACACAAGUUGUGCAAAGUAGUAUAGUUUCAACUUCUUUUUUGCUUAUGAGCUCAUAAGCUAUUUAUUUUCUGAACAUCCAAAACAUCCAAAUGUUUGUAAUAUUUUUUUUACAUCCUUGAUACGUACUCUGAGAUAAAUUAGUGUUUCCAUAAGCAUGCCAGGAACUGAGUUUUUAUUUAAUUCAGAAUAUCCACUGAGCAAUAUUUGUAGCAGUACCAUAGACAAACAGUGCAAAUAAGCAAAUAUAGAGAGCUGUGGCUUGUGUAGAAAAAAAAUACAAUUAAAAGACAGAUUUUCAUUCCAGUUGAGUGCAUUUAAUCAGAGGAACGGUAUACAGCAUGCAUUCUACAUUCAUGUGUUGUGCAAUAAACAUUUAAACAUAGUUUAAAAAUAAAUUUUUUGCACA